AUGUCAGCCGAGCGCAGGCGACGUCGCUCCUCCUUUUCCGAACACAUCAGCCGAGUGUUCAAAUCUGACAAACGCGCCAGUCAGGGCGAAUUUGUUCCUCCACUUCCAUUUUUAAGUCGCGAGGCAGCACAGCAGGCAGAGGACCAAUCCAAUGCGAUCCAUCCGUUGGACGAUGGUGCUCCCAGCUCCGUCUCGUACUCUCCCAUAAACUCACGGUUGCCCUCCACCGGAACGCCUGGCUCCAGUCUAUCAGCUGCGCGCGGGGAUGAGGACACUGCACAAACCACGCCUGUGCCGGCCAAAGAGAUCGAGGUGUCCAAAUCAUCCACCUGGGAAAAGGUCAACAGAAAAGAUAAACGGGUGACGAAGCGGCUAGAGGCCGAAAGGCAGGAACUAGAAAAGCGUUUGAUCGCACUCGAGGAAUCCCAGGGUCAAGCUGAACCGGCGGCCCAUGAUCGGACUGCGCGCCGUCUGACCAAGAAACAACCAGUGAGCAGCUCUAGCAGAUCUUCGAGCGCGAACGCAGAGCGACCAAAAUCCUCGAGCGGGUUUUCCUCGAUCUUCAGGCGCUCACGCCGCAGCUCGGCUUCCAGUGAUCUUGAGAGCGAAUAUGACAAACUCAGUCGGCUUCAAACGGAUACUAACCCGCCUUCUCUGCCUUUGACUCUACCGGAACGAUUUGGAACUGCUAUCACCCGAGAGCUUCAGUCUAAGCAUGGCACGGCACUGAAUCUCUCCGCUGCCAACAAGGCGGGCAAGCCGACCGCGGGUCGUCUCCUCCAUGCCACGCCGAAGUCUGAUGAUCUCCGCGAGAACUGGAAGAUGGCCGAGGCUUGGAAGGAGCAAAAUGGCCAGGAAAGGAGCUGGUCGUUGUCGAAAAGACUGAACGGUCGGUCCGUGGCUGGAAACGCUCGAAAUAGCGAAGUGCCAUCCAAUCCAGCCUCUGAGGAACUCGACCGGGAAUUGUUCUCGGCAGCCCUGAAGCACGAUAGGAAAAGCCUCCCAGCGGUCGACCACUCGCUUGAUAGCGUGCCUCGGAAUGAUCGCGCAGUCAGGGCUACCAGUAUGCCAAUUUCGCAAAGCUUGGCCCAGGCUUACCCCCCGUGCCCUGCAAAAAUCGAAAUACCUCCAGAAAUUGCUUCUCCGGAAUCUCCAGUAUCUCCAGUAUCCCCGGAAUCUCCAGGCAGUCCAUUGAGCUCAUCCAUCGCCAGAAUUUAUACACCACUGCAAAUAGCCCAGGCAGGUUCUACCGGCAGUCUGGGCAGGAAGAAUCGGGUUGACCCUUUCCCUCGAGCAUACAAGUCAUCACCUCUUGCGUUGAAUCCCGCACAUAACAACGACCUGGCUCAACAGGAGUCCAAGAUUCCCAAGCCAUUAGCACAGCAUGAGCCCAACCAACUGACCCCAGUGCCAUCGCCAGUCCCCACCCAGCCUCAAGCGGACGAUGGUCUAAAAAGCCGGAUACCUGUUGCUUCUUCGAACGGUGCUUCGCAGACUUCAAGCCGCUUCAAAGAGAACUUCAAUGAAUCACAUUCUCAGCCCGAUCCGCCCAGAAUUCCCACCAAAAGCGAACGCCGGAGUCAUGAGAGCUGGAGGGUCCCAACCGCCUCAACUGAUACACUCCGCGACAUCCCUCAUUCGCCUUUCCAAGUGGGUGUCCGAUCUCCUUUCCAUACAGGCAACACAUCCCCUGGGGCAAGGAGCCAUCGAACAUCCAGAGACAUGUCAGAUUCCAAUCACGUUCCUCAAAGGUCUGACCAGCACCCCUCUCGUGGCUCUUUCGAUCAGCCCAGAGGUCCAGGGGUCUUCAGACCUGGCCACAGUCGCGCAUCAUCUCAUCAUUCCGACUAUGAUGGCCAUUCAAAUUACGAUACUGCCGACGAGGACGCUCCCGAGUCUCCCACCUUCACACCUGAGCCACAGACUCUGGGGCCCAAGCCACCGACUAUUUCGAGCCAUCCUCCCAUUCCCAAACCCACUGCUAUAUCUAAGGCUACACCUGUGCUCAAGCCCACUCCAGUCCAGGCCAGGCCCAAUCCAGCCCCAAUUCCUGAGCCACCAAUGACCGAGCCCAUGCAACCAGAACUCCCAGAACCCCGAGGACCCAUGAGCAUCCUCAAGCGUCGAUCUCAAAGUUCCAAGCACCGCCAACUCGCCAAGAUCUUCGUCAUCUGCUGCCGCUGCAAAUACUGGCACGACCUCCCAUCCGAGGUCUACGCGCGUCUCGCCUACCCUGAUCGACUGGACGAGCCCAAAGUCAACUCGCGUAAGAAGCAAGAUCGGAAAUCCGGCUCUCGGAUGUCUCUGCAAUUCCCUGCUGCGUAUGCUGUUGAGGGAAUGGAUCUACGGCCCGCGCCGCUUCUGCCAAGGAAGGUAUCUUGUUGCUGGUGUGGUCACAAUAUGAGUCGGUCUUGCUGUGAGGGGUGGACUGCUAUUGUUGAGAUGCGUGAAAGGCAUCAUUAA